AUGACUGCAGUUGCUGGAUUUUCUUUUCAUUCUUCCUUGUGGCUCUUGUUAGGAAUCAUUCAAUAUGUGGCACCUCAUUUGACCGAUUAUGAAAUGGGACUGUCAAAUUUCACAAGUGGUUGUGGUGUGCACAAAAACACAGCAAUCAUGGUCGCUACUCAAUUUUCCUUUUAUUUGGCAUUGAGUGCUUUGGUCUUGAUCAUUUCAUGGUUUUCAGAUCGAGACACGUAUGGUAUCAAGUUGGAAACGUCCAUUGUCACUCUAUUCUUCUUGUUUUCCAUUAGUGGAUAUUUAAUACUUUCUCAAUUUGAGGUGAUUCGAAAUUUAGUCGAUUAUUUUGUUCCGUACGGCCAAUUAAUGGUCAUUUUCACCUUCCUUCAACUAAUCGUCUAUGUCACCAUUCCUGUCGUUUGGUCCAUUUAUCAAUUUUACCAACAACGACAGAAUCAGGAGGAUGUUCCUCUCGAUAACAAAAACUUAGUGGAGAGAAUACUUUCGAAUAAGAAAACAUUUGAUAGUUUAGUCGACUUUAGUAGACGAAGCUAUUGUUCAGAAAAUGUCAUGCUCUACGUGGACAUUAAGAAUUUUAGAAAAGCCACAAAAAGGGAAACCAAAGAACGAAUGUUAAUGCAUAUUUUGAAACAUUACUUGGAACGAGGAUCUCCCCUUGAAAUUAACACUCCACACAUUGACAAGCUUUCAAGUGAAUUGCACGAACUGAUCAAGUCACAAAACACACAAGAAAUUGACUUGUUCAUUGAUCGGCUUUGUGAGCAAUGUAUUCAAAACAUGUAUGACGUCGUACUUCGAUUGCUUUUUUCCAAUGACGAGGUUCGAAAACUUGUGUAUCGCAAAAUUACGGUCGAUGCAGAACAAUUAGAAUUGAAAAUUUAG